CACCAACUUAUUUACCUCAUAACGGGGAAUAAACGAAGUGAAACAAGCGAUAUGUAAAUGUCACCAGCUUCGAGGACGGAUUUAACGGGUGGUCGGGGACUUCAAGUGAAGAGAAAACGUAGUUUUUUAUGAAUUUUUCCCCUGUCAGAUGGGAAUGUAGCUUAGCUGAUUAGCCUGGCCACUAGCAGUAGCAGGUUAGCGCUCUUUGGAGGCGACAUAAGUGAACUUUCACACGUUAUAACGACAUAACACCUCAAUGUUCACUUCUCGCUUUAGCUGGAUUGCUAGCUCGCCGUCACGUCGGUCUGUCAACCGAACCUGAAAUCCGGACGGGAUAGUUGAAUUCACACACGGGAGUCUCGAACGGCCUCUUUAGGUAUACGAGCUUUCGGUGGGAUUUGAACCAACAACCAGAGAUUAUACACUCUGUCGGUUCGGGGCAUCUUUUCCAGCCCCGAGUCCAUUAAGAGUCUAUUGCAGUUCGUCUACUGCGAGCCGGGGACGGAACCGGACAGAGACCUCAUGAAUGGAAAUCGGAACUACAGGAGCCGUUGGGGCCCAGUCCCUGUUCUCCGUGCCACGGAGGCCUGGCUAUGGCACCAUGGGGAAGCCCAUCAAACUGCUGGCCAACUGCUUCCAGGUCGAGAUCCCCAAGAUGGACGUGUACCUCUACGAGGUUGACAUCAAGCCUGAGAAGUGCCCACGCCGAGUGAACAGGGAGGUUGUGGACUCCAUGGUGCAGCAUUUUAAGGUCACCAUCUUUGGGGAUCGAAGGCCAGUUUAUGAUGGAAAGCGAAGUCUUUACACAGCCAACCCACUGCCUGUGGCACCCACAGGGGUGGACCUGGAUGUUACGCUGCCAGGUGAAGGGGGCAAAGACCGACCCUUUAAGGUCAGCAUUAAAUUUGUGUCUCUGGUGAGCUGGCACCUGUUGCAUGAGGUACUAACUGGUCGCAGUAUGCCGGAGCCGCUGGAGCUGGACAAGCCAAUCAGCACUAACCCAGUUCACGCUGUGGAUGUGGUACUACGCCACCUACCGUCAAUGAAGUACACACCUGUGGGGCGUUCAUUCUUUUCUGCCCCGGAGGGCUAUGACCAUCCUCUGGGAGGAGGCAGAGAGGUGUGGUUUGGCUUCCACCAGUCUGUUCGCCCAGCCAUGUGGAAGAUGAUGCUCAACAUAGAUGUAUCAGCCACAGCUUUCUACAAAGCACAGCCAGUGAUUCAGUUCAUGUGUGAGGUACUGGACAUCCACAAUAUUGACGAGCAGCCUCGACCCCUUACGGACUCCCACAGAGUCAAAUUCACUAAAGAAAUCAAAGGUCUGAAGGUGGAGGUGACACACUGCGGAACCAUGCGGAGGAAGUACCGGGUCUGCAAUGUGACCCGUCGCCCUGCCAGCCACCAAACGUUCCCUUUGCAGUUGGAGAACGGUCAAACCGUAGAACGAACCGUAGCUCAGUAUUUCAGAGAGAAGUACAACCUGCAGCUCAAAUACCCUCACCUGCCCUGCCUACAGGUGGGACAGGAGCAGAAACACACCUACCUGCCCCUGGAGGUGUGUAAUAUUGUAGCAGGACAGCGGUGCAUUAAGAAACUGACAGAUAAUCAAACAUCCACUAUGAUCAAAGCCACGGCACGCUCCGCACCGGACAGACAGGAGGAGAUCAGCAGACUGGUGCGCAGUGCUAAUUAUGAAGCAGACCCAUUUGUGCAGGAGUUCCAAUUUAAGGUGCGAGACGAGAUGGCCCACGUGACCGGGCGUGUGUUACCCGCGCCCAUGCUGCAGUACGGGGGCAGGAAUCGCACUGUGGCCACACCCAGUCAUGGCGUCUGGGACAUGAGAGGGAAACAAUUCCAUACUGGAGUGGAGAUCAAGAUGUGGGCCAUUGCCUGCUUUGCCACACAGAGACAGUGCAGAGAAGAGAUACUCAAGGGUUUCACCGACCAGCUGCGUAAGAUCUCAAAGGACGCUGGGAUGCCCAUCCAGGGUCAGCCGUGUUUCUGUAAGUACGCACAGGGAGCAGACAGCGUGGAACCAAUGUUCAGACAUCUGAAGAACACUUACUCUGGCCUUCAGCUCAUCAUCGUCAUUCUGCCUGGAAAAACACCCGUCUAUGCUGAAGUGAAGCGUGUUGGAGACACUCUUCUUGGGAUGGCCACUCAGUGUGUGCAGGUGAAGAAUGUGGUGAAAACGUCCCCUCAGACGCUCUCGAACCUCUGCCUCAAAAUCAACGUCAAACUCGGCGGUAUCAACAACAUCCUGGUGCCGCAUCAACGGCCAUCAGUGUUCCAGCAGCCAGUCAUAUUUUUGGGUGCAGAUGUUACUCAUCCACCUGCAGGAGACGGGAAGAAGCCAUCCAUCGCAGCGGUGGUGGGCAGUAUGGAUGCUCAUCCAAGUAGGUACUGUGCCACCGUGCGUGUCCAGAGGCCCAGACAGGAGGUGAUUCAGGAUUUGGCCUCUAUGGUGCGAGAGUUGCUCAUCCAGUUCUAUAAAUCCACUCGCUACAAACCUACCAGAAUCAUCUUCUACAGGGACGGUGUGUCUGAGGGACAGUUUAGACAGGUGUUGUACUAUGAGUUGCUGGCCAUUCGAGAAGCUUGUAUCAGUCUGGAGAAGGAGUACCAGCCUGGCAUCACGUACAUAGUGGUGCAGAAACGCCACCAUACUCGACUCUUCUGUGCUGAUCGCAAUGAGAGGGUGGGUCGUAGUGGAAACAUUCCGGCGGGUACGACAGUAGACACCGAUAUCACACACCCAUAUGAGUUUGACUUUUACCUCUGCAGUCAUGCUGGAAUACAGGGCACCAGCCGACCAUCUCACUACCACGUCCUGUGGGACGACAACUGCUUCACUGCUGAUGAGUUCCAGCUGCUCACUUAUCAGUUGUGCCACACAUACGUGCGCUGUACCCGCUCCGUCUCCAUCCCUGCGCCAGCAUACUACGCCCACCUGGUGGCCUUCCGUGCCCGCUACCAUUUAGUGGACAAAGAACAUGACAGCGCCGAGGGCAGCCACGUCUCCGGGCAGAGUAAUGGCCGGGAUCCCCAGGCGCUCGCCAAAGCCGUGCAAAUUCACCAUGACACCCUGAGGACCAUGUACUUUGCCUGAGCCAGCCCACAUUAAGCCCAUAUUCAACCAGUCAUGCACUCAAACCAACAACCACAUACACAGUUACAUCUCCCUCAUGUCUGUGCAUCCUGAAGGGUCGGUCUCUAUGGUGAUGGAAGCACCGCCACCCCGCCCAGAAAAUCUGGACCUGACACUGUGCAGCAGGAAAAGACAGGGCCUACACGCAGGUUUUAGGAAGCAGACCUGCGUUAAUUCGCAAAGUGGACCUCAGCACUAUUAUGCAAUAUUAAUCCAGCCGACUGCGGCCGUUCUCUCAUUUCCCCUCAAAAAUAACUAAAAGGGAAGCUCGUCUAGGUCCCCUCUCCUUUUCCUGUUUGUAAACGUAAUGUUAAAUUUCUUUCCCUGCCCUUUACAUCUCGUACCUCAACGUUUCCAAACAGCACUUUUCCCCUGUUAUCUCCCAAGAUGAGAUUUAAUGGAAGCAGAUAGAAAGACCAUGAAGGAAGUUGAGGAACGCCUGCUGUCAGACUGAAAAUAUGCCACCACACAGUCUACUACGUUUUAUCAAUGUACUCUUCUCCAGUUCUCAAUUAUUUUUGUAGCCAAUGGUGACUUAAGGAAGUGUUCAAGUGUCAAUUGUGAAGAACCAAUUGUGCGUUAGCAUUUUAAAACCGAAAAAAGAUUUAUUGUUAGAAAAGUGCCAUUGCCAGUCGUAAAGUCCUUUUGCUAAUUGUUUUAUUUCAAAGCAAAUAUAUGAUUUUACGCUCUGUAAUAUCUACCUGGAGUGGCCCUGAACACUGUCUGUAAGCUUUCACGUACUGCAACGCAAAGUUAUCAUGUUAUGAUUAAUGCUUUUAUUUAUGUUCCAAAACUUUAUCCUUUUUAUAUAUUUUUUUAAACACCCAAGUUCCCUCCAAUCUUGUUUUCAAUGCAGUUCUGAACAGAUUAGACUUGUUCCCUUCCGUCUCAGUUUGAAAUGCAUAGUCCUUGAUAUAUGACAGAUCUCAUUGUUGCUAUCAUAGUUUAGUGCAAUAAUCCAUUAGCAGAUUGAGAACACCUCCUCUGCGAAGACUCAAGGUUCGCUGGAAGUUUGUAGCGGAAGUGUGCGAUCGGAAGAGGCGAUUUAGGAGAGUUAUGGCAACAGAAAGCGAGUGAUGUGCAUUGAGGCUGGUUUUUAAGGUGGAGGUGUGCAUGUUUGGCACUUAUGUUGAGCUAUAUUUUUAUUUUACUUCAGUAGGGUCGUUUCUUGAAGAUUGACCAUGGAUGAGAGACUGUAACAAGUGCCUGCUUCUAGAAAUGGUUGAUGUGGGAAGUAAAAAAUAACGAACGCAUCUCAUUUAGUCUGACCAAGGGCACAGUUGCAAACACAUUCAACUGUACUGCCUUAAUUAAAUCUGUUAAAGUGAGCCAGAGCGGUUUUGCUGGUUUAAUCAUACACUUAUGUUAUGAUGGUUCAACACGAGUUUCAACGCCCUGCCUGUUCAAAGGAUUUCGCUGCUAUUGUACUUGUCAAAGUAAGACCGACUGAGCCAUGCUUCAGUUGGCAGCUUUGGGCACAUGUUCACGGAGAAGCUCCAAGAGCACCUGAUAUGUGCUUAUUCACUGGAGGGCCAAUAGAGGUCAGUAUAGUAUUUUACUUGAAGAGUGUAUCUCGGUGCAAUGAGCUCGAGUGCCUUUCUUUCUCCAUGCCCCAUCUGAAGCAUGUCCAGCUAUGUAAUGACAGUUAACUGCACUAAACAAUUCAUAAAGAGUGGUGCUAUUAGGUGCGGCCCAUGGAAGCAUCGGAAAUGGGCAGAGACGUCAUUCAUAAGGUGGGAACAUGGGAUGCUUAAAUGGUGCUGGUUGCUUAUUUCUCUCCUUAUGUCAGGACAUAUAUUUAAUUUUUAGAUUUGUUCUGUUUAUUUGGAUAUUAAAUGAUUUUGCAUAAAAUGGUACAGUAAAAUGGCCACUCAGAAUAAGAUUACGGUCAAUUGCACAAAGCACUACACCAUAAAACAUGUAAUGAAUGUUUCCCCUCUUUACAAUUGACUGCCUCUGACAUUUCAAAAGUGACCUAAAACCUUUUCAAUAACAAUUUCAAUCCCUUUAAAACGGUAAACUAUAUUUACAAUAUGUAAUCCAAGUUUAGUUACUUAAGUUCAUAAGCAUAAAUUAAUAAUACCUAUAAUAAUGUUUUACUGCUAAUGAGGAUAAGAUUGGAACCGAUGCACCAGGUUGUUUUGUGGGUACCCAGAAGGGCAUGUUUUCCGUCUCUGAGGCCUUGUCUUUUCACUCGAGAGUUUUAAGCAAUUUUGUGAGCAUCUGUGAGGUUUAAAACGGUCGGCCACUGAAAUUGUGCCCUUUUAAUUAUACCUUCCUUAAUGAAACCACUAUUGGUCAUCGGAAGUUAAACCAACUGUGUGUGGAUGCCAAACAACUGUCAGUUUAAGGAGUAAUCUUGACGAUGUGUCAUGCUAAUCGUUUUUUUAUAGUUAUAACUUCGUAAAUACUAAUACUGGCCUCUUAUUCUGAUAAAAGGUCACUUUUAAAGGAAAAGUCCAGCCAUAACUGAUCAUUUUGUCAUUUUCAUUUACAUAUUAUAAACCCGUACAAGGUCUUUAUUGAACUAUAUUUUUAGAUUUUUCUGCCAGGCUCUAAAAAGGACAUAAAAGUGUCUUUUAAGUUAUCCAAAUGACUUGUGCUUAUUAUUCCAAGUCAUUUAAAGUAAUUCGGCAGCUAUGUGUGAGUAACAAACUAACGUUUAAGCCGUUAUUCGCCGAGAAUCUUUCCCUCCGCCUUCGCUCUCAAAUCUCAUUUCCACUUCUGCAUAUUCAAACAUGACAUGAUGGGUAACAUGAGAACCAUUUGCAUUCUGUAUUUUUGACGUCAAACCUGCAAGGACGCCAGGUGGUUUGUCUUAAAGCUCCAGAUUCAAAUGUGCUCAAGCGUGAAUGAGACUUAAGAGAUGUGAUAGAGGGAAAUAUGUUCAGCAAAUAGCAAAAACUUUGGUAUUUGUCACUCAAAGCUAUCUUACGGCGUCAGAAGCAAGUCAUACGGGUUAAGAAUGACAUGAGGGUGAGUAAAUGAUGACCGAAUUUCAUUAAUGUGUAAACUAUCGAAGGAUCAAUACAUUUUAAUUGGAGUUUGUAUUAAGGAUUGAGCGCCUUUUUAUUGCCGUUGUAAAGGAAGAUGUUUACAGUGUUCGCUUGAAUUAUUGACUCGGCCUGUAGCGGCUUCCGUUAUCCAUUGAAAUGAUGGUCUCGUAUAACCAAAUUGCUUAAGAUUGUCCACAAACGAAAGGCAACUUAUUUUGCCUUGUCCUAUUAUCUCUGAUGUUUGAGCUUUAGGGAGGGUCUUAUUUUAUGUUCUAAUACGUAAUGUGAGUUCAAAGUAGAAAGUGCCUUUUCUUAUGAUGGUGCUGAAUUAUCUGAAACUAAAGUGAGUGAACAAAGAGCAUAUUAGUCUUAUUCUUACCUUGAAGGUGUGCACACAUGCAAACUUAUUUUUAUCUCGAUCAGGAGGCUCUUUGUACAUUCAGAUAUUACAAUGACAACAUAUAUGCCAAGCGUAUGAACGAAGGUUGAGCCCUGAAUCGCACUGUAUUAGGAUUCUGGACCAAUGGAAGUAUUUAUCUAGUUGAAUGUGCUCCUAUGAUAUAGCCUGAUCCCGGAGAGGAAAGCUCAGUAUAGCACUUUAAAAACUGCCACCCAAACAAAAGUCAAAGUGCUUUGCUCUCCUUUUAUAUCCCUAGAAGCCCCUUUUUCAUGUACUCCAGCAAAAGACGUUCUCUAGUGCUUGAAAUCUUUGCUGAGGGUGACUUGAACAAGAUUAGUAUGAUUUAUAGAGUUUUGAAGGUUUAUGCAGGGCACAGUUGUUGUCUUUUAGACCCCAUAGUGUCAUUUGUUUUUAGUGGUUGGUCGCUCUCAAUGUGCAAUGGCCCGUAUUAACUUCAAUGAAUAUAGUAUAUGUUUUAUACACAUUUAUGACCCCCAUGGCUUGUAUUUGGCUCAUGGGUGCCUUGGGGUCCAGGAGGACAUACCUCGAUGAGAAAUCUCAAAAACUCUGCACUUCUCUUACCAUAGUAUGCUGCAAAUAUUAUAUGAAAGAAACGGCAAAGAGGUGAAUCUCAUGAAUGAAUGAAUGUCCCGGUCAUAUUUUACCCCAAAAGCAAAGGGGGGAAUUAAAGAAAAUGAAACCUAUUUUUAAGACCAUUAUUUUUUUAUUUUGAUAUUAUUUUCAUGGCGAAUAAACGACUUUAUCAUUAUGCAAAAAAAAAAAAAUAAAAAAUUUUGCUUUAUUGCAAUGUGCAAAAGUAUUUAUUCAUCAUGGAUAUGUUGUAAUUGUAAUAGUAAAUGGUUUAAAUAAAAAGAUAAUUGUAUUAAAGUCAUUUGUACUGCACAACUAAAAGUAUACCAUGAAAAUAUUUAUUAACGUAAAUUAUUCUAUUACAAUAAUGUGAAUCGGCAUUAAAAAUAAUGUGAAUUACGAAAACUAUGAAUUGUUAAACAUCCGGACAUAUUACAGUAAUGAGAAUCGGCAUUAAAAAUAGUGCAAAUUUUUAAAAAAACAUAAUGUCCAGAUGCAUUGCACCCUGUGUACACCAGACACGAGUGGCGCAUCGCAUCAAAAGCUCAUCUUUCUCAUAAUUUUCAGUGACUCUAGCGUCUGUUGCGGCGCGUCACGUCGACAAUAACUGUUCCAUUUUGCGCUGCCGCUACUCCUGCAAACAGACAAUGAAACAGUUUAAACGUUCACUUUGGAGUCGUGAGUUUGAAUCCAGGGCGUGCUGAGUAAUUCCAGCCAGGUCUCCUAAGCAACCAAAUUGGCCCGGUUGCUAGGGAGGGUAGAGUCACAUGGGGUAACCUCCUCGUGGUCGCUAUAAUGUGGUUCUCGCUCUCGGUGGGGUGUGUGAUGAGUUGUGCGUGGAUGCCGCGGAGAAUAGCGUGAAGCCACCACAUGCACUAGGUCUCCGUGGUUACACGCUCAACAAGCCACAUGAUAAGAUGCGCGGAUUGACGGUCUCCGACGCGGAGGCAAAUGAGAUUCGUCCUCCACCACCCGGAUUGAGGCGAGUCACUACGCCACCACGAGGACUUGGAGCGCAUUGGGAAUUGGGCGUUCCAAAUUGGGGAGAAAAAUCCUCUUAUGCAAAAUUAUAAGCAAAAAACUUUUGCUUUUGAUGUGAAUUGUGGCCUGGAUGUGAUUUUGUGGGAUUCACCCAAAUAUUAAUUUGAUAACCGUAUAAUGCUUUAUUAAUGCCUGACAAUAUCCUUUUAGAUGAAGCGGUUUAUUGGAAAGAAAAGUAAUAGUUGUUUUUAAAUCAUAACACGUAUCGUUUCUUUUCUUUAUUGAGCCAACUUUUAUUUUGUUGUCCUAUUUAAAUGUUUUUUUUUUUCUUCUUUUGAUAUAUUGGAAAUAUAUAUGGGAAUUAUUUAAUGGUGUAUUUAUUGAGGGAGUGCUUAAAGCGGCUGGAGUCUCCGCAUUGUUGGCCAGAGUUACGUGGGGGUUAAGGGGGUUCGUGGGGUGGAAGCCUACCUCUCAUCACCAACCAACCCUCGACUUCCUCUUAUACACAAGCACAACCACAGGGUGGGCAGGGGUGGCACAAUCCUACGGAAUGUUUGGAUCUUUCACGAAUUGUCUUUCGAGAUUGUCCACCAUUUGACAUCCAAAACUCAUUCUUCAGCUCUCCAGCAAAGAGGCUCGGCACGUCCCACACGUUGCAUCUCGUCUCUUUAAGAGGAGAACCACACUGACUUAGUUAUUCCAAAAAAAAAAAAAAAAAGCUUAUGUUUUUCAUUUAGAGCUGCUAAACUCUUAGCCAUACAAGUUUCCCCAGCUUGAGGGUGAACUAGAAGGAUGUUUUGUUUUCUCUCGGUGCACCCGGUGCUUUUUACGAAGUGUGAAUCGAAUAAUGGUAUUUGUCCUUCGUCGUUUGCUUUGUUCAAUUAUCUUCAUGCCAGAGCCUUUGGAAGAGAAGGGGUCCCAUUCCACUCAGAUUUAUAAAUAUAAAUAUAUAUAUAUAUAUAUAUAUAUAUAUAUAUAUGAGCCUUAGCCUUAACGGUAUUCUUUUGUUUUCAUAUUCAACUUCAAAUGUUUAAAAUUGCUUAAGUUGUGCGUAGAGAAGCAUACUAACUCCCUUGUUGCAUCUUGGUUCUCUUUUUAAACCACUAAUUGUGCGACGUUAACAAGUCCUGAUGUGUGCGAAUGUAAUCGCUCUCAGUCCGGCAAGAGCAGGGCAAAACGUCCGUACGCGAGAGACCGGUGUCUGUAUUUCGAAUCGUGUUGUCACUUUCCAGGGGGACAGAGGCAUUGAGCUCCUGCGAAGUUGCACCAAAACCGGUGACCGAAUGCACGUCAAUUCCUACAAAUGUUUACAAAACAGUUUACCGAAACGCCAAGCUCCAGCAUUCCAAAAAAGGACUGUGAACCAUCAAACGCCAACGAAUGGCGAGUCUGUCAAUUCUCCAUUUCUUACGCAAAGAUGAGUGAUGCUUGCACCAAAUACCAUUUCACGUCUCUUCGUACUAGAAGACGACUUCCGUGAUUUUUGUCGUCUUUCAAUGCAUAUGAAGAGCCAAAGUACAGUCGUUCCUGUCAGUGUGAGUUAAUAUCAUCAUGUUAUCCGACCGGUAUCUCGUCUCAAACCAGGAGCUCUGUGGCUCUGUCCUCCCUUCUCUCCUCUCCGUGUUUGCAAAGAGUCUCUCUUAUGUACCAAGGGAUCUUUCGUUUACCUUGAAAUGUCUUUCUUUGUUUUAUAAUAAUCUCUUUGUAGAUCAAUGGCCUUUUAGUGUUGCUUUGCUUCAGUUUGGAGUGUAUCUUUCACUAAUACUUGCAAUAAAAAGCUUUGCUUUUGAAUCACGGACUUGAUGUUUUUACUUUACAUGCCUCGGUUGCAUUACAGACAAGAUCACAAUGUUUUUAAGCGU